AUGCUCUCCAGUACUGCCCUUCUCUCCCUCCUCUUCGCGGGAAUCGCUACAGCUGCUCCAGCUGUGCCUGUCGUCACCCGUGAUAUCGAGGUCUCCAAUGCCACCGUGUCUGACGACGUGGGCAUUGCUGCCACAUUCUCUGACAAGUAUGUUUUUUACACCGGAGAUGGUGGCCACUUCACUUCCGGUUGGCCCAACAUGGACUUCUGGGGCACUUGGGACCAGAUGUGGACCGCCAACGCCGCUCUGAUGCGCCAGUCCUGUGGCUGGAACGGAUGGGGAGCUGAAAACUCUGAGACCGAGAUCGGCUAUAUCAAGAGCGCCCUCACCACAGUCUCCAGCGAGGCAGGUAUUGAUAAGCGCUUUAUCCUUGCUGUUAUGAUGCAGGAGAGCAAGGGCUGUGUCCGUGUGCCCACGACCUACAACGGCGUUACCAACCCAGGCCUGAUGCAGUCUCACAACGGCGCUGGCACCUGUGCCGGUGUUAACCCAUGCUCCCAGGCUAAGGUUCUUCAAAUGAUCCGGGAUGGUAGCACUGGCACCUCUUCUGGUGAUGGUUUAAAGCAAACUUUCGCUAAGACCUCAAAGGUCAUUGGAUCUACUGGAAGCCGGGCCCUUUAUGCGGCCGCUCGGAUGUACAACAGUGGCUCGGUUGACUACGCCAAUCUCAACAAUGGCUACUCUUCUGAACCUUGCUAUGUCACUGACGUUGCGAAUCGUCUGACUGGCUGGACUCUGGCCGCGAGCAAGUGCUAUUUGUGA